AUGGAAAUCAACCCCCUGCUGGACUACUGCAACCUCUACCCACUCCCAGUCACCUGUCUCCCUGGACUUUAUCAUCAGACUAUGUCCUUCAGAAGAUCCAUGGCAUCCCUUCGGACAUUGUGUCUGACCAAGGACACCAAUAUACCUCUCAGCCAUGUGUAUGCCAUAGCUGAUUCAGCCUUUCAACUUUCUCAAUCCUCUACACAAGAACAGUGCAUUGUCAUAAGUGGACAGAGUGGUUCUGGAAAAACCGAAGCUACAAAACUAAUAGUUCAAUACCUCAGCUCCAUGUAUUGCAGCAUAAGCAACAGCCUUCGGCAGGUAAUUCAUCUGGAAAACAAAUCACCUAUGGAAGUAUUUCCAAUCCUUGAGAGUUUUGGAAAUGCCAAGACCAUCCUCAACAACAACUCCAGUCGCUUUGGCAAGUACCUCCACAUCCAUAUUCUUCAUGGGAUUGUUGUUGGGACCUCAUUGUCCAAAUAUCUCCUGGAGAAGUCCAGGGUUGUCUUUCAGGCCACUGAGGAGAGGAACUACCAUGUGUUUUAUGAGCUGCUGGCUGGUAUGAAUGACUGGGACAAACAGGAACUCUAUCUGCAGGGAGCCGAGACCUAUUUCUACUUAAAUCAAAGCGAAUCCUUUGAAGUGGCUCGAAUCUUCAGCGAGGCUGAGUCCAGGAGGGUUGGCUCUUUGUUGCAGAUUUCCUCAGAAGCUCUGCAAACCGUCAUUACUCACAGAGUUACAGAGACCACCUAUGAUAGGAUCUACUGUCCCUUGUCUGUGGAAAGUGCCAUAGAAUCAAGAGAUGCCAUUGCCAAAGCCUUGUACUCAGUCCUGUUUGACUGGUUGUUGGAGCAGAUCAAUGACUGGCUGAAUCCCUCAGAAAUGGACAGCACUGUGGGUAUAGUGGACAUCUAUGGGUUUGAGGAUCUGAGCGUGAACAGCUUUGAGCAGUUGUGUAUCAACUUGGCCAAUGAGCAGUUGCAGCACUUUGUCAACAAAGCAGUGAUCUCUCAGGAGCAGGAAGAGUACAGUGCAGAACAGAUCCAGUGGUAUCCGAUGCCAAUCAAAAACUUCAGCUUAUGUCUGGAGUUGAUUUCCUCCAGGCCACACGGCAUCCUUCGUAUUCUGGAUGAUCAGACUUUCCUUCCACAGGCCACAGACCACACUUUCCUCCAAAAAUGCCACUACCACCAUGCAAGCAACCCAUUGUAUGCCAAGCCUAAGAACCCACUGCCAGUGUUCACAAUUUAUCACUAUGCUGGUCCUGUCACGUACCAGGUCCAUAAUUUCCGAAAUAAGAACCACGACCAGUUUAGGACAGAAGUGGUGGAGCUUUUUGCCAGCAGCCGUAUAAAGGUCUAG